GCGAACAUCACCACCAAGAUGGCUGACGCUAUGGAGGAAUAUGAGAAAGAAGCUGGCUGCGUCCCUAUUCUCCAUCCCGAGGAAAUCAAACCCCAGAGCCAUUACAAUCAUGGCUACACUGAGAACGUCAGCCGUAAGAACCAUGUGGAUGACUACAGCACCUGGGACAUUGUCAAAGCCACACAGUAUGGCAUCUUCGAGCGCUGCAGGGAGCUGGUGGAGGCAGGCUUUGACGUUCGGCAGCCAGACAAAGAAAAUGUAACUCUCCUCCACUGGGCCGCCAUCAACAACAGGAUAGACUUGGUCAAAUACUACAUAUCAAAGGGAGCCAUCGUUGAUCAGCUGGGAGGAGAUCUUAACUCCACACCUCUGCACUGGGCCACCAGACAAGGCCACCUAUCCAUGGUGGUACAGCUCAUGAAAUACGGCGCAGACCCAUCUUUGAUUGAUGGCGAGGGCUGCAGCUGCAUUCACCUGGCUGCCCAGUUCGGCCACACGUCCAUCGUGGCCUACCUUAUUGCCAAAGGACAGGACGUGGAUAUGAUGGAUCAGAACGGCAUGACUCCUCUGAUGUGGGCGGCGUACAGGACACACAGUGUGGAUCCAACUCGGCUGCUACUAACCUUCAACGUGUCCGUCAACCUCGGCGACAAAUAUCACAAGAACACCGCGCUGCACUGGGCGGUGCUUGCUGGCAACACAACUGUCAUCAGCCUGCUGCUGGAUGCCAACACGAACGUCGAUGCACAGAACAUCAAGGGGGAAACGCCGCUCGAUCUUGCCAAGCAGAGGAAGAACGUUUGGAUGAUCAACCACUUACAAGAAGCACGACAGGCCAAAGGCUAUGACAGCCCCUCCUAUCUGAAGAGGCUGAAGAUGGACAAGGAGUUCAGGCAGAAGGUGAUGCUUGGGACGCCCUUUGUAGUCAUCUGGCUAGUUGGUUUCAUUGCUGAUCUGGAUAUCGACUCGUGGCUGAUCAAGGGCCUCAUGUACGCCGGCGUCUGGGUCACUGUGCAGUUCCUCUCCAAGGCUUUCUUCGACCAUUCCAUGCACAGCGCUCUCCCUCUGGGAAUCUACCUGGCCACCAAGUUCUGGAUGUACACCACCUGGUUCUACUGGUUCUGGAAUGAUCUGCCUUUUGCCACCGUCCAUGUGCCCUUCCUGAUAAACACCCUGGCUCUCUUCUACAACUUUGGAAAAUCUUGGAAGUCCGACCCGGGAAUCAUCAAAGCAUCUGAGGAGCAGAAGAAAAAGACGAUCGUGGAGUUGGCAGAGGCGGGCAGCCUGGAUCUGAGCAUAUUCUGCAGCACCUGCUUGAUACGGAAGCCCAUCAGGUCUAAACACUGCGCCGUGUGCAAUCGCUGCAUUGCCAAGUUCGACCACCACUGUCCCUGGGUGGGGAACUGUGUUGGAAGUGGAAAUCACCGCUACUUCAUGGGUUAUCUGUUCUUCCUGCUCUGCAUGAUCUGCUGGAUGAUGUACGGCUGCAUCUGCUACUGGAGGAUCAACUGUGCCACCAGUUAUGCUAAGGAUGGUUUCUGGCUCUAUCUGACCCAGAUUGCCACCUGCUCCCCCUGGAUGUUCUGGAUGUUCCUUAACAGUGUCUUCCACUUCAUGUGGGUGGCCGUGCUCAUCAUGUGUCAGCUCUAUCAGAUUGCAGCUCUGGGGAUCACCACCAACGAGAGGAUGAAUGCUCGCAGAUACAAGCACUUUAAAGUCACGGCCACGUCCAUCGAAAGCCCAUUCAACCAUGGCUGCAUCCGAAACCUUAUAGAUUUCUUUGAGAUCCGCUGCUGUGGACUGAUCCGGCCUGUGGCGGUGGACUGGACCACACAGUACACAAUAGAAUACGACCAGACGUCUGGCUCAGGCUACCAGCUGGUGUAGCGAAAGGAAGAGGUGGCGAAUGAAGAUGGAAGAGAUUGGAAGGGGGCGGGGUCAUGGGUGUGGCUAAACCGGAGUUGAAUUUGGCUGGAUGGAAGAAUAUUUUUGGAAGGAUUACCCCCUCCUCCACUCGCCCCUCACUCUCACACACACAUUCACGUACACACACACACACACAUGCAGUCAUAUCAGAAUGAUGCUGUUCUUGGGAGCGCUUGCUUUUUUUGGACCAUCUCUCCCACACCGAUCAAAACACUUUGGGGAAAAAGAAAAAAAAAAAAAAUCAGCCAGGACUAGCAUGCUGUUACAGGGCAACACCACAACUACACCACUCUACCUUUACUACUAUUACUACUACUACUACUACUUCUACUAUUCUACUACAUCAGACGUCAUUACUGUACCUUCACUGCUAUCCAGCCGCUCCACCUCGUCUCUACUCCUCAGCCCUUUGGACAGUGUGUCACUGCCAGGCACGAGCGGAGCGGAGGGGAGAGAGAGAGAGAGGCCGUAAGACGCGAAGAAUUUCAAAAUAAAAGCCCCUCUGUUUGUACUCUAGACGUGACGCUGCAGAGACGACAGCACCAUGAAGUGGCAGUAUCGUUCCCCCCCACUUUAUAUCCUUAUUUAUGGUGUCCAUGUUGAUGUGCCCUGUACGUAAUUUUUUCUGUUUUUGAUCGGUUCAGGAACGCUGCAGUUCCUGUGGUAAUUUACCUGUGGUGGCCGUGGAAGCUAAAGUAAAGCUGUUGUUUUUGUACCCUUUUUUUUUUUUUGUUGUUGUUUUAAAUAUCAUAAACUUGUAAGUACCAUAGAGGUAAGGGAAUGUCUUUUUAAGGUCUUGAUUUUGCACCGUGAUGAAUUUAGUGUGAAACGGAUGAGGAUUGGCCAACAUUGUUGAACUUAUCAGAGAGAAGCGUUGGUUAGCGCGACAGGAGAUAUCCUACAGACAAUGUGAUACAGGUAUAUUUAUUUUAAAACUAUUUAUAGAUUAAGUAACUAUCCUCUAGCACCAUCAUUGUUUUUAGUUUUCACAUCCUUUUUAGCUGAAGAGGUUUCUUUUUAAUGAGAAAGAAUAUUAAAGAAGUACCUGUAGCUGUUUAACAAGGACGUACGAGAACUCUAUAGUCAGGUACAACAGGUGAGGUAUUUAUAAACAGCAGAGAUGUAAGUCGGAAAGAGAUUGCAGAGGUGAGAUGGAGGAGGUUUUUUUUUUUUUUACGCAAAAAGGUUCAUUCCAUGUGUUACUAAGUCUUAAUUGUUUUGUCUGUCUUUUUGUUUGCCGACAACAUUGCACUGAUUUUUAUUUUUUGGCAGUUAUUUUUGUUUUUGCCGUUACUGAACAGAAGGGCCCAGCAGCUCCCAUUGUUUACAGUGUGGACGGUGAGGGGCCCCCCAUUGAAUAUGGCCGCCCCCCUGCAACUCUUCCUGUCUGGACCGUGCACAGUCAACAGGAUAAACGGAAAGUGUGAAGAAUGUGCAUUUGUACAUAAGCAGCAAAUCAUUUUUCUUUUUCAUUCAGUGUUAGUUGAAGGUGCUCCUGGACUUUUUUUUUUCUGUUCUGAGUUUGGUGGAUUUCUUCCAACUGAACUCAAGUGGAAAGAUGAAAAUGAAGUGACUGUACUCCACAUGUAUGACUGUAGCUUUUAGUGAUGUCUGACACUGCUGUCUUAUAGGCAUUUUAACCCCCCUCCCCCAAUUUCCACUGCAUGUACGAUGGUUGGGACAGCUAGGCUCUCGCUGCCCCCGACAUUUCAAUUUGACCACAUCCUCAUCAUCAUGGUGACAGCCCGGCAAGCCACGUGUCUGUAUAUAGUGAAUGUUAAGUAUUUGCAAGUACUUUUCCGCGUUGCUUUCAUAUUUUAUUUUUUGGUAUCGGUUUCUUUCUCUCCAAUCCAGUGUGUUUUGUGGAAUUUGUCUUUCAGGGGACUAGAUUUCCAGUCGGGUCCUCCUGUGCAAGUGUGUAAUAUAUUUGAAUGUUCCAUGCUUGUGAAUUCUGUACUCAUCAUUUUGUUUUGUUUUUUUCUGGUCAUAUAUUGCUGGGUUUGUUAUACCACUGGAUGUACAAAUUGUAAAGCAAAGACACUUAGAGAACUAAGGCAGAAGCCAAGUUUUUUUUUUGUUUGUUUUUUAAAAGCUGAAAUGUGACCAUGCAAUAGUUUUAAUGACAGAUGGAGGUUAUAUUAUAUUAAGGCCUCCAAAACGUUUUGGGCCUCAUGUUUGCAUCACCAGAAGGAGACAGUUAUGUCGUCAUCCUCAUUCUGUUUCCCUCCAUUUACCGCGUGAACCACCGACGUCUCUGUUCAACCAGGACGACACACAGCCGUCACACUCUGUGAGCUUCAGAGGUUAAAAAUCAUAACAUUCAUAUCAGCAGGUCAUGCAACAGUAACUAGCCACUUGUGUUCGCAUCAUGCCUUCUAAAGCGACAGGAGGUCAACGGUUCACUCCCAGCUCAUCCAUGAAAAUCAAUUCCCGACCAUUUCAGUUCUCAGUAGUUCUUCCAGCAGCCUGUCCCCUCCCCUCCCCUCUUCAUAUUGGAUAAUAAAAGAAAAAAAAGAUAAAGCACAUACUCAUUUCCAGUGCCUCUCUGCCCACCUUCAGACAUCACUGUUACUCCGCUUCAGAUGUAAACAUACGGGCAUGGUUCAGUUUUAAUGGCUUUAAUAAUAAAAUACAGUCAAAUGUGAA